AUGAGUAAGGAUGGUGUUUCAAUUUUAGUGUUCUUUUUCUGGAUUUUCUUUUGGUGCUUUUUAGAUGUUUGUCUUACGGUAGGAACAGUGAUUCUUUUCUUCAGAAAAAGAAAAACUGCUAAAAACAUAUUGGUGUGCACAAAUUCAGGCAUGUCAAUGAGAAAGUUUAUGAGGUUGCUACUCUUUUGCCUUACCCUUCUUGCAAUUCUUAUAUUAACGUGCUUAUAUUUAGGCCUACAACUUAGGGAAAACGAUGCUGAAUUCUAUUCCUCGCAAUAUCACUCUAAGAUGUUUUCCCAAAUGGUUCUUCGCUUUGCUCAUGAAAGUUCAUUAGAUAUUAUUAAAUGGGUGUUCAUAUGCUGCUCAUUUAUUGGCUUUUUGGCAUUUGGAACAGGCAAGGAUGCAAUGGAAAUGUACACCAAUGUUUUGGAAAAGCUUCCUUAUGGCUACCAUAUUGUGUCAACUGGCCGAAAAUGGAAAAGGAAAUGCGACGAAAAAGCAAAAGAAAAUUAUAUUACGAGGCAUUUCACACUUAGUUCUCCAGCAAAGUCUACUGCAACUACAUUUGUGGCAGGCACAAGUAAUUUGGACGCAUUUGAGAAAAAAGAAGAUCUAUCCACAAAUCUGAACUAUAGUGAAACGAGUUCCCCAUCUGAAACCGUUGCUCCGCAAACCGAAGAUGCAGAGUUUGAUCUAUAUAAUGAUCCAGACCUCCUGAACGUAUUAAAAGAAGAGGAGGAACAGUUAAAGGAAGAAAACGGACUGCAUGAUUUGGAAGCCAACUAUGAUAAAUAUAUAUCGUCCCCAUGA